CAUGAAUGAAAUCUAUAAAGACUAUAAAAGGGGAGCUCUUUGCCAUGUUAUCUUAGUUACAGAAAUAAUAGCAAAAUGUUCUCUACUAGUGUCUUGUUUGGUGCUCUUUUUGUUGCUGUCGUAGCGGGUUACAAUGGACCCCUUUUGUGCUUGCGUUACUGCGGAAAAGAGAGUUUCGACCCACUUUGUGUUUCCAAUGGAAGAGAAUUGAAAAUGCUAAAUAACAUGUGCGAAUUCAUAAAUGCUGAGUGCAGGGAGCCAGGAGUUUGGAAAAGGACAGACCAGUCAGAAUGUCUUUCGCAAGUUUCUAAAAAUCUCGAAGUAAUGAGCAUCGUCGGUUCCCAAGGACCUUUCAAAAAGAAAAAAAAUCCUUCCGGAAAUAGACCAGAGUUAGAAGCAGCCAGUCGAACGGACACCUGUGACAUGACAUGUCCAGAAUACUUUUUACCUGUCUGCGGGUCUGAUGGGCAGGUCUACAAAACCUUCGCAAAUUUGUGUUUUUUGCAAUUGGCUAAUUGCAAUGCCGAAAAGAGAUUUUCACAAACUUCUGCUGAAAAAUGCAACUUCAACACUAGACUUAUUUAAUAAACGACGAUAGUUUUCCACUCGGG